AUGUCUAGUAAGGAAGAUGAGUGGGGAUUUUUGUUUCUUUUUCAGGUGAACGGAACAUGGGCUUUGCCUGGAUUCGUUUGUGAUUUUUACAUUGCCAUGGAUGUGACGUGUUCGACAUCUUCCAUAUUUAAUCUGGUGGCAAUUUCUAUCGAUAGGUACAUAGCAGUGACGCAGCCGAUCAAGUAUGCCAAGCACAAGAAUACGAGGCGGGUUUGGCUGACGAUAGCGCUCGUGUGGAUGAUUUCCGCAGCCAUCGGUUCGCCCAUCGUACUGGGCCUGAAUAAUACUCCGGAUAGAGUGGCGGACGCGUGUCUGUUUUACAACAGCGACUUCAUCAUCUACUCCAGUCUUUCCUCCUUCUACAUACCAUGCAUAAUCAUGGUGUUCCUUUAUUACAAUAUUUUUAAGGCUUUAAGAGACCGAGCAAUGCAGCUGAGGCUCAAUCGGAAACCUCUACCCUGCGAGAUCAAGCCUGGCUCUGUGAUAGAGAAUGUGGCCAACACGCGGAGGUUGGCCGAAACGACGUUGGGGCCGGCUACCAUAGAGGAGCAGGCCACCAACACGGGUUCGGGUUCCGGGGACGAGGAUGACGACGCUGACGCCGAGUGCCACGUCAUCUCGAACGACAAGAGCACCGAGUUCAUCCUGGCCACCGUGGUGGAAGAGGCUGCGUAAGUAUUUAAUCGGUCUGAGCCUAUGUACGACAAGGUCAUAUCAACGGUGGUAGCCAGCCUGGCCUCACCUGCUCCGAUGGGCGACCCCAACGGCAACAAUGACUCGGGGUACGUCCACAGCCAGCAGGAUAUCAGGGUGCCCGAGAGCCCGAGGCGAAGCAGGAAUCCUGCUAAAAGAAACGGAGCGACCUUAGAUACCGAGCUUAGGACUGUAGCAACAAUAAAUUCGGGGAUGGCAGUGGCGGCGUCCACGGGGUCGAAGAAGGAGAGGAAAGCGACUGCCGCAGCGCGGUUUACCAUAUACAAGGUCAAUAAAGCGAGCAGAAAGAAACGGGAAAAAUCUUCGGCGAAGAAAGAGAGGAAAGCGACGAAGACGCUGGCCAUUGUGCUCGGCGUCUUUCUGAUAUGCUGGGUGCCCUUCUUCACGUGCAACAUCCUGGACGCCAUGUGCAGCAAGCUGAACCUGCCCUGCCAACCGGGCGUGGCCGCCUUCCUGCUCACCACCUGGCUGGGCUACAUGAACAGCUUCGUCAACCCCGUCAUCUACACAAUCUUCAACCCCGAGUUCAGGAAAGCGUUCAAGAAGAUCAUGUUCCUCGGGCCCUAA